GUUUAAGUUGUCUUAUUUAAUUGCGCCCGUCGAUCCAUUCACCCAUGUUAGGAGUACAUUCAAGAUCGUGUAGCGUUUGUCGUUGUGUUCCGAAAUGGCAGUACCAAAAACUAUUGAGCAGGCUUUUCCAGGUCACAAACGAACCAGUUCUGUUGCAUAAACCGGGUAGUACGGAACGUCAGAAGUUGGAUAGUACGUUGGAUACUAUGAUUAUAAACGGGCCUUAUCAUGUGCCUAUAUGUAUUGAUUCAAACGAAUUAUCAUCCGGACAACCUCGAAGGCAGAUUUUGCCAUUUGAGCAUUCGAAAACACUGGUCAAUUUUUAUCAUGCCUCAGGAGAGCAAAUAAAAUCUGCAAUUGAAUCUUGUCUAAUAGCUCGUAAAACGUGGUCACGCACAAGUUUUGAUGAACGCGCUAAGAUAUUCUUAAAAGCAGCGGACCUUGUUAGCGAUAAAUAUCGCAUGGAGUUGUUGGCAUCAACUAUUCUCGGUCAAGCGAAAACAAUUUUUCAGGCUGAGAUUGACGCAGCUGCAGAAUUAGCAGAUUUCUUGCGUUUUAAUGUGAAAUUUGCCUCAGAAGCCCUGCAAUAUAAACCAAUCAAUACCCAUGAUGCAAAGAAUGAAGUAGUUUACCGAGCAAAUGAAGGGUUUUGGGCUGCUAUACCACCAUUUAAUUUUACAGCUAUUGCAGGGAACCUAGCAAGUGCCCCAGCUUUAAUGGGGAAUGUUGUGAUUUGGAAACCCGCUGAUACAUCCAUAUAUUCUAAUUAUCUUGUUUACAGAUUACUCCGCGAAGCAGGUUUACCCCCUGGUGUAAUCAACUUUGUCCCAGCAGAUGGCCCAACAUUUGGUAAAAUAAUUUGUGAACACCCUCAACUUGCUGGUAUCAACUUCACUGGAAGCACGAAAACUUUUCGUGCUAUAUUGAAAAUGAUUGGCGACAAUGUUGAUAAGUAUCGUGGUUAUCCAAGAACUAUAGGUGAAUGUGGCGGCAAAAAUUAUCAUUUUAUCCAUCCAUCUGCAAACUUGGAAGAAGCUGCUCUCGGCACUAUCCGAAGUUCAUUUGAAUACUCUGGUCAAAAAUGUAGCGCAUGUAGUCGACUUUAUGUACCAGAAAAUUUAUGGCCAAAAUUUAAACAACUUUUACUUGGUCAUUAUGAACAAUUGAAAAUAGGAUCACCACUUGAUUCAGAUACAUUUUCAUCUGCAGUUAUUGAUCAUACUGCAUUCAAUAAAAUCUCUGGCUAUCUACAAUAUGCAUCCAGUUGUCCAGAUAUUGAAGUUGUCGCCGGUGGUCAUAGAGAUGACAGCGUUGGUUACUUUAUUCAGCCUACAAUUUUGAUUACUAAUAAUCCAACAGAUUUCAGAAUGGUAAUUAGACAAUUCAUGAUUUAAUACCAUGUGUGAACUUGACAUCUUCAAUGCUAUUAGUGUCUUUGGAUUCUUCAUCUUUCAUAUUAGCAUGAUGACUGAUGUGUGUCAAACCUAUUCUGUUCAUCUCACUUAAUGCACAUUUGAUAUUCAAUUGAAAGCCCUAACUCUGUAAUUUUUACAUGCUUGUCAUUUUUUCUUUGCAUUUGAUGUUUUUAUUGGGUACUUAUAAUAUCUUGGAAUUGACGAUGAUCUUAUGAAACCACCCAUAUUUUUGUCAUGCUCGUGUUUUACGGUCAUGAAGCGAAAUUAAACAUACUGUAUCAAUGAAUAUGUGUACUGUGAAUUAAAGAUACCAAACUUAAAAUUGAUCGUCAUACUGAUAUCUCACUAAAAGAAAACAUUGACAAGUUUAUUCCAUCCUAGUUAGUAGGGAAGUCGAACUUCUGAUAUUUCAAAGCUUAGUUUAAGUCACUUUUUCAAAGAAUAAACAACUUUCUCUUUGUUAAUACAAUUUUAAAAAUGAAUUGGUAUAUCCAAAAAGUUUCCACUUCUCAUCAUAGAGUUGUCGAUAAGUCUGCUACUCGAACGCUUAAUAAAAACUCCAUAACUGCUUCAUAGAUCUCCGGAUUGUAGGGAAAAGAUCUAAAGUAAGGAGAAAAGCUUUACUUCUAGGCUCGUUUAUAUGCAGGGAACAGCAGUAUUUAUCGUUUACUGGUAACCUAUACACCUUUGAAAACUUCUGAAGAUAUCGUUAACUUAAUAGUAACGUAAUGCAAUCAGAUUUUAGCACACAAUUCAUUAAUUUACUAGUAGUUCCUAGGGUGCUCCCAAUGCAUGCUAAUUUAACGAAAUGUUCUUAGUUUUCUCUUGGCCUCUGAAAACCUUAUUAAGAAAUUCUCUGUGGACCCCAACAGUCAUUUUGGUCAAAGAUAGAAUACUAUGUGUAAAAUAUUCUUGUAUUAACCGUGUGUACAUGGAUAGAUGGGAGUUGAUGUAAAAUCUAAACUUUGAUUGAAUGAUCAAAAUUUUUAUCUUUUCUUAUAGUUUACUGUUGAACAGGUUGCAUGUGACUUGAACCUUUUACAUGAUUAUCUUCAAAUGCUUAACUUGAUGUCAUUAAUCAUAGACAUUCAAUUCUAUGUGUGAUAACAAAGACAGAGGAUUUAAUUGAUACUUCAUUUGCUUAUAACUUCCAUAUGAAUAUAAUUAAAGUUGAUUUUCAAUAUAGCUAUAGUAAAUUUAUUGUUAAAUGGAUGUUUAAUGAGCAUCUAGUUAAUAAAAUUUAAUCAUUUUUUAGUUAACAACUUAUAAAUUCAAGAUUAUCUAUUAGUAAAAAUACUAUUGUAGAAUAAUACUACAUUAAAAUUCACUUGGUAUUGUUUGGCU